CACUGGCUUCGAGCAGCUCGUUCCUUAAGUAUGUUGGGACCCAGACCUUUUAAUUUUACUUCAGUGUUCUCAAAAGCAGGAACCUCAUGUUUGCCACUAUUCCAGUUGGUGCUCUCGGACCCACCAUGUGAAGAAAGUGAAAUGUGCAUAAACUAUAAAGAUCGAUACACAAGUGACUGGUAUAUCUGGUUCUUGCUGCUGAUUUUCCUGGUGACUCUUCUCUGUGGAGUCAUGUUCUUCUGCUUCCAGUGCUGGCUGAGGAGACCUCGAAUGGAAUCCCCAAGACGCACCAUGGCUGUUUUUGCUGUUGGAGACUUGGACCCCGUUUAUGGGACAGAAGUGGCUGUGAAUCCAACUGUUGGAAUUCACCUUCAAACUCAAAACUCUGAAAUGUGUCCUGCUCCAUGUUUUGGCACUUUAGACCCCCCACCUCCAUAUGAAGAAAUUCUGAAAUCAAGCUGAUAGCUCCAGAUCGUCAACUGACAACAUUAGAAACAUUUUUUUUUUAAUUCUGAAACAUCAAAUGUAGGAACAAUUGUUUUAUUUAGUGUGAAUUUUCAGAAAUCAAUUAAUAAGCCUGAAAAAGGACAAUUAAUAGAGUCUGCAAAAAGACAAGAGAAUGACUGUAGAGAAAGAAUUUCGGUCAGGGAGAUGUUUCAGUAGUGAAUUACUGGACUUUUCAUGUAUCAUUGCCAUAUUCUGUUUCAUGCUAUACAACCAAGUGAUUGUCUCUCUAUCAACACUCCCAUUAAUGCAUGGAGUAGUCUCCAUUAAGUGCGAUUCCACUCCAGGUACACAUCACAGCUUUCUCUGCCUUAUUCUCUCUGUUUUCAUCCAACCCCUCCCCUCGUAUGGAGUUAAUAAGAGUUAUCAUAAUUAAACGAUGGUCCAAGUGGAGAUUCAGACAUGUCCAGACCCAAACCAGAAAGAGAAUAUUUGAAUUAGGGUAAAAGGUGAGAGUAGGAACAAGGGACACUCAGAGUUGAAGGAUGAAGGGUGAAUGAAGGAGAUUAAAAGUCCCCGUUCGAAAAGGUGCCUCUCUCAGCCUGAGGAGAGAGAAAGUGUAGAUGGAGGCUGAAGGAGACCCCGAAGCUGUGCGGCAUGUGUAAUAGCACAGUGUGGAGAAGGAGGAGGCUCCCAUUUGGAUGGUAAAUGUAGGCUCUAGAGCCCACAGUCUUUCUCUGGUACCUGGAGACUCGGCAUUUCUUGAGGAACUAUGAUAAGUAUCUUUGGCUUAGAUAUCAAUGUUCUUAUUGAGAACACUGACUACAGAAGUAGCAAUGGGACAGUUUCAGCAUUUUUGCAGUGACCAUGAGCAACGGGGUGCCAGGAAAAGAAAUCCAUGCUAGAACAGCCGGUGGUGUUCAGCUGACAAAUUUGUCAAACAAAACAACUGAUACCUCCACUUAUUUACUUAAAAUACCUCUUAAGAUAGCUUGAUGAAAUUUAUCUCCUAAUCUUUUCGCAAACUUGUUUUUCCAAACUUUCCUCAUCUCCAGCGACAGUAACAGCAACUUUUGAGUUGCUUAGACCAAAGAACUUGGAGUCAUUCUUGAGUCCUCCGUUUGUGUCUCUUCCUGUAUCCCUGUUGUCAGAAAGUGGCUUGGCUCAGCUCUUAACUUUAAAAUAAGCUUAGAUUCUAAACAGUUCUUACUACAUCUCUGGUGGGAGCCACUCACAACCAAUCAUUGCCUGGAUGACUGUAAUAGCAUCUCGACUGGUCCUUUUGCUUGCAGCUUUGCCCUUCUAUAUAUUCUAUUUCCAACACAGUAGCUAGAGCAAUAUUUUCAAAACAUAAGGAGAAUCAUGUCCCUUACCUAAACUCCAGUGACAUUCCACCUCACUCAGAGGAAAUGCUGAAGUCCUUAUCCCAGGCCCCUGUAGGAUCAAUACCCUGCCCAGGUCUCCUUUCCCGUGACUCUCACCCUUACUUAUUUGUCCCAGAAACACUGUUAUCAGACCUAUCAGGUGUUAACCUUCCUGCAUCUGUCUGUUCGGGCCCUAGUACUUGCUGUUUCUUUUUUUCUUUUCUUUUCU